GACUUCCAUGUUCGCGCUCUUUCUCGUGUCUGUUGUGGCAGAGGAGCGGCGUCCGGUCCGCUGGGGCAUUCUCGGCACGGGCAGCAUCGCCUCCGACUUUGGCCGCGUCCUCACCUCCAUGCGAGGCGACGCCGAAGUCGUCGCCGUUGGCUCGCGGAGCGGGGAUCGCGCGGCGGCGUUUGCGGCGGAGCUCGGGCUAGUGGGCGCGUGUGCGCACGGCUCGUACGAGGCGCUGGUUGCCGACCCCGCCGUCGACGUGGUGUACGUCGCGACGCCGUCGACGCGCCACGUCUCCGACUCGCUGCUCUGCCUGCGUGCGGGCAAGGCGGUUCUCUGCGAGAAGAGCAUGGCGCCGACGGCGGCAGAGGCGGCGGAGGUGCUCGCGCUCGCGCGGGAGCGCGGGCUCUUCUUCCUGCACGGCGUGUGGAGCCGCUUCUUCCCGGCGAUGCGGGCGCUGCGCGAGCUGCUCUCCUCCGGCGCCAUCGGAGACGUGACGUCUGCCCACGUCUCCUUUUGCCAGAACGACGGCGCCGGCUCCUGCUCCGCCCUCGCCGAGACGGGCGUCUACUGCGCCCAGUUCCUCUCGUGGGUCUUUGGCGGCGAGGAGGCCGCCGUCGUAGGCGCCGUCACGGAACGUGACCGGGGAAGCGGCCACGAUACGCACGUCGACGCGACGCUGCGUUGCGCCGGCGGCGGCGUCGGGAGCUUUGAAUGCUCGCUGAGGCACGCAUCUCCGCGCGAGGCCAUCAUCUGCGGCUCGCGCGGCGUCGUGCGGGUGCCGUACCCGUUCUGGUGCCCGACGCAGCUGCUGGUGCAGCCGAUGGGGGGCGCCGCGUCGCAAGCCUUUGGGGCGGAGAGCGAGACGAGUUUCCCCCUGCCCGACGGGCCGCGGGGUCCUUUCCACUUCGUCCACUCGGAGGGCCUUGCCUACGAGGCGGCCGCUGUCCACGCCGCCCUGCGCGCAGGCCGGCUGGAGGUGGCCGAGUUCGGGUCGGAAGAGUGCUUGCGCGUGAUGAAGCUGCUGGACGCGGUCGCGCGAUUCGGGGCGCGGUGAGAGGUGCUCCCGCCUCUUUUCGCGGUGGUACGGGCUGGGGUGUGGGUAUCCAUCGCGUCCGAGCUCUCGAACUGGUCGUUGUUUGUACUUGUAGAUUGGUCACCUGACCUGUGGGUGCAGACGACUACAGAACGAGAGGGAGCCGAUAGUUUGACGCAGGGGAGUCUAGGCGACGGUGGCGUCCUCCAACGCCGCGGCGAGCCUGAGCUUGGUCGGUGGCCGCUCGAACAAAACAGAAGAUUCUUAUAAACGC